CAGCCUGGGCCCCGCCGCCGCCUCCUCCGCGGCAGCCCCGGUCGGCGCAAGUGCGGCGCGCGCUGGGGGAGGGGGCGCGGCGGAGCGCUAGGCUGGCGUCGGGCCGCCGCGGGAUUAAGUUUCUCAGUCACGCGUGAGUGUCUGAGCGUUCUGAUCCUGAAGCUCCUCGCCGGGCCGUUACUUCAGAAGAGAAGACAGCGAGCGUGGGCGAGGCGAGGCAUCCAGAGGCCCCGGCGACCCCUGCUCCCUAGUCCUCCGCCCCCUCGCGUCGCGGCCCUGGGCGGGCGCCGCGAGCCGGGUUGAGUUGCAGGUUGGCUACAUUUUGUGUAUUUGGAAACGUACAAAGUACUCUGAAUUUCAUGAAAUAUUUUGAGGCAAAGUUGGACUGGAAUGUCCCCAAAUAUGGUAGAGCAAAUAGCACAUCUGCCAGAGAAAGAUCCUACACUUUAAAGAGAAGAAGCAGACAACUUCCUGGUGAAUUUAGGACUGCUUGAUGCCUAUAAAAAUGAGGGAGAAGUUCAGAAGAACAGAUGCUAAGAAAAGACUGAGUGAUUUCUGUUGGAUGACUACAUGAUUUGAAAUUGUUACAGUGACCACAGCCUUCAGCAACCACCACCCCGUCAGUCAGCAGCCAUCAACACAAAGGCAAAACCCUCCACCAGCUCAAAGACUAUGGACUCACCGAAGGCUCAGAUGAUCACUAGCAUUUUUUGACAGUAAACUUUUUUAAUAAAGAGUUCCAUUUUAAUUGCUGUUAAUCAUUUCAGAGAAGAACACUGAACUUUGAAAAAAAUGUUGGAAGCCAUUGACAAAAAUCGGGCCCUGCAUGCAGCACAGCGCUUGCAAACCAAGCUGCGAGAACGUGGGGAUGUAGCAAAUGAAGACAAACUGAGCCUUCUGAAGUCAGUCCUGCAGAGCCCUCUCUUCAGUCAGAUUCUGAGCCUUCAGACUUCUGUACAGCAGCUUAAAGACCAGGUAAAUAUUGCAACUUCAGCAACUUCAGAUAUUGAAUAUGCCCACGUUCCUCAUCUCAGCCCAGCUGUGAUUCCUACUCUGCAAAACGAAUCGUUUUUAUUAUCCCCAAACAAUGGGAAUCUGGAAGCACUUACAGGACCUGAUAUUCCACACAUUAAUGGGAAACCUGCUUGUGAUGAAUUUGAUCAGCUUAUCAAAAAUAUGGCCCAGGGUCGCCAUGUAGAAGUUUUUGAGCUCCUCAAACCUCCAUCUGGAGGCCUUGGGUUUAGUGUUGUGGGACUAAGAAGUGAAAACAGAGGAGAGCUGGGAAUAUUUGUUCAAGAGAUACAAGAGGGCAGUGUGGCCCAUAGAGAUGGAAGAUUGAAAGAAACUGAUCAAAUUCUUGCUAUCAAUGGACAGGCUCUUGAUCAGACAAUUACACAUCAGCAGGCUAUCAGCAUCCUGCAGAAAGCCAAAGAUACUGUCCAGCUAGUUAUUGCCAGAGGCUCAUUGCCUCAGCUUGUCAGCCCCAUAGUUUCCCGUUCUCCAUCUGCAGCCAGCACAAUUUCAGCUCACUCUAAUCCGGUUCACUGGCAACACGUGGAAACGAUUGAAUUGGUGAAUGAUGGAUCUGGUUUGGGAUUUGGCAUCAUAGGAGGAAAAGCAACUGGUGUGAUAGUAAAAACCAUUCUGCCUGGAGGAGUAGCUGAUCAGCAUGGGCGUUUAUGCAGUGGAGACCACAUUCUAAAGAUUGGUGACACAGAUCUAGCAGGAAUGAGCAGUGAGCAAGUAGCACAAGUCCUUAGGCAAUGUGGAAAUAGAGUUAAGUUGAUGAUUGCAAGAGGUGCCAUAGAAGAACGUACAGCACCCACUGCUUUGGGCAUCACCCUCUCCUCAUCCCCAACUUCAACGCCAGAGUUGCGGAUUGAUGCUUCUACUCAGAAAGGUGAAGAAAGUGAGACAUUUGAUGUAGAACUCACUAAAAAUGUCCAAGGAUUAGGAAUUACCAUUGCUGGCUACAUUGGAGAUAAAAAAUUGGAACCUUCAGGAAUCUUUGUAAAGAGCAUUACAAAAAGCAGUGCCGUUGAGCAUGAUGGAAGAAUCCAAAUUGGAGACCAAAUUAUAGCAGUAGAUGGCACAAACCUUCAGGGUUUUACUAAUCAGCAAGCAGUAGAGGUGUUGCGACAUACAGGACAAACUGUGCUCCUGACACUAAUGAGGAGAGGAAUGAAGCAGGAAGCCGAGCUCAUGUCAAGGGAAGACGUCACAAAAGAUGCAGAUUUGUCUCCUGUUAAUGCCAGCAUAAUCAAAGAAAAUUAUGAAAAAGAUGAAGAUUUUUUAUCUUCGACGAGAAACACCAACAUAUUACCAAUUGAAGAAGAAGGGUAUCCAUUACUGUCAGCUGAGAUAGAAGAAAUAGAAGAUGCACAAAAACAAGAAGCUGCCCUGCUGACAAAAUGGCAAAGGAUUAUGGGAAUUAACUAUGAAAUAGUGGUGGCCCAUGUGAGCAAGUUUAGUGAGAACAGUGGAUUGGGGAUAAGCCUGGAAGCAACAGUGGGACAUCAUUUUAUCAGAUCUGUUCUACCAGAGGGUCCUGUUGGACACAGCAGGAAGCUCUUCAGUGGAGACGAGCUAUUGGAAGUAAAUGGCAUAACUUUACUUGGGGAAAAUCACCAAGAUGUGGUGAAUAUCUUAAAAGAACUGCCUAUAGAAGUGACAAUGGUGUGCUGUCGUCGAACUGUGCCACCCACCACCCAAUCAGAAUUGGAUAGCCUGGACUUAUGUGAUAUUGAACUAACAGAAAAGCCUCACGUAGAUCUAGGUGAGUUCAUCGGGUCAUCAGAGACAGAGGAUCCAGUGCUGGCGAUGACUGAUGCGGGUCAGAGUACAGAAGAGGUUCAAGCACCUUUGGCCAUGUGGGAGGCUGGCAUUCAGCAUAUAGAGCUGGAGAAAGGGAGCAAAGGACUUGGUUUUAGCAUUUUAGAUUAUCAGGAUCCAAUUGAUCCAGCAAGCACUGUGAUUAUAAUUCGUUCUUUGGUGCCUGGCGGCAUUGCUGAAAAGGAUGGACGACUUCUUCCUGGUGACCGACUCAUGUUUGUAAACGAUGUUAACUUGGAAAACAGCAGUCUUGAGGAAGCUGUAGAAGCACUGAAGGGAGCACCAUCAGGGACUGUGAGGAUAGGAGUUGCUAAGCCUUUACCCCUUUCACCAGAAGAAGGUUAUGUUUCUGCUAAGGAGGAUUCCUUUCUCUACCCACCACACUCCUGUGAGGAAGAAGGGCUGGCUGACAGACCCCUCUUCAGGGCUGACUUGGCUCUGGUGGACACAAAUGAUGCUGACUUAGUAGAUGAAUCCACAUUUGAGUCUCCAUACUCUCCUGAAAAUGACAGCAUCUACUCUACUCAAGCCUCUAUUUUAUCUCUUCAUGGCAGUUCUUGUGGUGAUGGCCUGAACUAUGGUUCUUCCCUUCCAUCAUCUCCUCCUAAGGAUGUUAUUGAAAAUUCUUGUGAUCCAGUACUUGAUCUGCAUAUGUCUCUGGAGGAACUAUAUACCCAGAAUCUCCUGCAAAGACAAGAUGAGAAUACACCUUCGGUGGACAUAAGUAUGGGGCCUGCUUCUGGCUUUACUAUAAAUGACUACACACCUGCAAAUGCUAUUGAACAACAAUAUGAAUGUGAAAACACAAUAGUGUGGACUGAAUCUCAUUUACCAAGUGAAGUUAUAUCAAGUGCAGAACUUCCUUCUGUGCUACCCGAUUCAGCUGGAAAGGGCUCUGAGUACCUGCUUGAACAGAGCUCCCUGGCCUCUAAUGCUGAGUGUGUCAUGCUUCAAAAUGUAUCUAAAGAAUCUUUUGAAAGGACUAUUAAUAUAGCAAAAGGCAAUUCUAGCCUAGGAAUGACAGUUAGUGCUAAUAAAGAUGGCUUGGGGAUGAUCGUUCGAAGCGUUAUUCAUGGAGGUGCCAUUAGUCGAGAUGGCCGGAUUGCCAUUGGGGACUGCAUCUUGUCCAUUAAUGAAGAGUCUACCAUCAGUGUAACCAAUGCCCAGGCACGAGCUAUGUUGAGAAGACAUUCUCUCAUUGGCCCUGACAUAAAAAUUACUUAUGUGCCUGCAGAACAUUUGGAAGAGUUCAAAAUAAGCUUGGGACAACAAUCUGGAAGAGCAAUGGCAUUGGAUAUUUUUUCUUCAUACACUGGCAGAGACAUUCCAGAAUUACCAGAGCGAGAAGAGGGAGAGGGUGAAGAAAGCGAACUUCAAAACACAGCAUAUAGCAAUUGGAAUCAGCCCAGGCGGGUGGAACUCUGGAGAGAACCAAGCAAAUCCUUAGGCAUCAGCAUUGUUGGUGGACGAGGGAUGGGGAGUCGGCUAAGCAAUGGAGAAGUGAUGAGGGGCAUUUUCAUCAAACAUGUUCUGGAAGAUAGUCCAGCUGGCAAAAAUGGAACCUUGAAACCUGGAGAUAGAAUCAUAGAGGUGGAUGGAAUGGACCUCAGAGAUGCAAGCCAUGAACAAGCUGUGGAAGCCAUUCGGAAAGCAGGCAACCCUGUAGUCUUUAUGGUACAGAGCAUUAUAAACAGACCAAGGAAAUCCCCUUUGCCUUCCUUGCUGCACAACCUUUACCCUAAGUACAACUUCAGCAGCACUAACCCAUUUGCUGACUCUCUACAAAUCAACGCCGACAAGGCACCCAGUCAGUCAGAGUCAGAGCCAGAGAAGGCUCCAUUGUGCAGUGUGCCCCCACCCCCUCCUUCAGCCUUUGCAGAAAUGGGUAGUGAUCACACACAGUCAUCUGCAAGCAAAAUCUCACAAGAUGUGGACAAAGAGGAUGAGUUUGGUUACAGCUGGAAAAAUAUCAGAGAGCGUUAUGGAACCCUAACAGGCGAGCUGCAUAUGAUUGAACUGGAGAAAGGUCAUAGUGGUUUGGGCCUAAGUCUUGCUGGGAACAAAGACCGAUCCAGGAUGAGUGUCUUCAUAGUGGGGAUUGAUCCAAAUGGAGCUGCAGGAAAAGAUGGUCGAUUGCAAAUUGCAGAUGAGCUUCUAGAGAUCAAUGGUCAGAUUUUAUAUGGAAGAAGUCAUCAGAAUGCCUCAUCAAUCAUUAAAUGUGCCCCUUCUAAAGUGAAAAUAAUUUUUAUCAGAAAUAAAGAUGCAGUGAAUCAGAUGGCCGUAUGUCCUGGAAAUGCAGUAGAACCUUUGCCUUCUAACUCAGAAAAUCUUCAAAAUAAGGAGCUGGGCUACCAUCGGUUUUCAUUAUACAGUAAACCCAGGCAGUCUUCAAGCCACUUGGUCUAUCUGUGCUCUCAACUGAUUGCUGUCCAGUUACACCUCACAGAGCCAACUGUUACUACUUCUGAUGCAGCUGUGGACCUCAGUUCAUUUAAAAAUGUGCAACAUCUGGAGCUUCCCAAGGAUCAGGGGGGUUUGGGUAUUGCUAUCAGCGAAGAAGAUACACUCAGUGGAGUCAUCAUAAAGAGCUUAACAGAGCAUGGGGUAGCAGCCACGGAUGGACGACUCAAAGUCGGAGAUCAGAUACUGGCUGUAGAUGAUGAAAUUGUUGUUGGUUACCCUAUUGAAAAGUUUAUUAGCCUUCUGAAGACAGCAAAGACGACAGUAAAACUUACCAUCCAUGCUGAGAAUCCAGAUUCCCAGGCUGUUCCUUCAGCAGCUGGUGCAGCCAGUGGAGAAAAAAAGAACAGCUCCCAGUCUCUGAUGGUCCCACAGUCUGGCUCCCCAGAACCGGAGUCCAUCCGAAAUACAAGCAGAUCAUCAACACCAGCAAUUUUUGCUUCUGAUCCUGCAACCUGCCCCAUUAUCCCUGGCUGCGAAACAACCAUCGAGAUUUCCAAAGGGCGAACAGGGCUGGGCCUGAGCAUCGUUGGGGGUUCAGACACGCUGCUGGGUGCCAUUAUUAUCCAUGAAGUUUAUGAAGAAGGAGCAGCAUGUAAAGAUGGAAGACUCUGGGCUGGAGAUCAGAUCUUAGAGGUGAAUGGAAUUGACUUGAGAAAGGCCACACAUGAUGAAGCAAUCAAUGUCCUGAGACAGACGCCACAGAGAGUGCGCCUGACACUCUACAGAGAUGAGGCCCCAUACAAAGAGGAGGAAGUGUGUGACACCCUCACUAUUGAGCUGCAGAAGAAGCCGGGAAAAGGCCUAGGAUUAAGUAUUGUUGGUAAAAGAAACGAUACUGGAGUAUUUGUGUCAGACAUUGUCAAAGGAGGAAUUGCAGAUGCCGAUGGAAGACUGAUGCAGGGAGACCAGAUAUUAAUGGUGAAUGGGGAAGAUGUUCGUAAUGCCACCCAAGAAGCGGUUGCCGCUUUGCUAAAGUGUUCCCUAGGCACAGUAACCUUGGAAGUUGGAAGAAUCAAAGCUGGUCCAUUCCAUUCAGAGAGGAGGCCAUCUCAAAGCAGCCAGGUGAGUGAAGGCAGCAUGUCAUCUUUCACUUUUACACUCUCUGGAUCCAGUACAUCUGAGUCACUGGAAAUUAGCUCAAAGAAGAAUGCAUUGUCAUCUGAAAUACAGGGAUUAAGAACAGUUGAAAUAAAAAAGGGCCCUACUGACUCACUGGGAAUCAGCAUCGCUGGAGGAGUAGGCAGCCCACUUGGUGAUGUGCCUAUAUUUAUUGCAAUGAUGCACCCAACUGGAGUUGCAGCACAGACCCAAAAACUCAGAGUUGGGGAUAGGAUUGUCACUAUCUGUGGCACAUCCACUGAGGGCAUGACUCACACCCAAGCAGUUAACCUACUGAAAAAUGCAUCUGGCUCCAUUGAAAUGCAGGUGGUUGCUGGAGGAGAUGUGAGUGUGGUCACAGGUCAUCAGCAGGAGCCUGCAAGUUCCAGUCUUUCUUUCACUGGGCUGACGUCAAGCAGUAUAUUUCAGGAUGAUUUAGGACCUCCUCAAUGUAAGUCUAUUACACUAGAGCGAGGACCAGAUGGCUUAGGCUUCAGUAUAGUUGGAGGAUAUGGCAGCCCUCAUGGAGACUUACCCAUUUAUGUUAAAACAGUGUUUGCAAAGGGAGCAGCCUCUGAAGAUGGACGUCUGAAAAGGGGCGAUCAGAUCAUUGCUGUAAAUGGGCAGAGUCUAGAAGGAGUCACCCAUGAAGAAGCUGUUGCCAUCCUUAAACGGACAAAAGGCACUGUCACUUUGAUGGUUCUCUCUUGAAUUGGCUGCCAGAAUUGAACCAACCCAACCCCUAGCUCACCUCCUACUGUAAAGAGAAUGGACUGGUCCUGACAAUUUUUAUGCUGUGUUCAGCCGGGUCUUCAAAACUGUAGGGGGAAAUAACACUUAAGUUUCUUUUUCUCAUAUAGAAAUGCUUUCCUUACUGACAACCUAACAUCAUUUUUCUUUUCUUCUUGCAUUUUGUGAACUUAAAGAGAAGGAAUAUUUGUGUAGGUGAAUCUCGUCUUUAUUUGUGGAGAUAUCUAAUGUUUUGUAGUCACAUGGGCAAGAAUUAUUACAUGCUAAGCUGGUUAGUAUAAAGAAAGAUAAUUCUAAAGCUAACCAAAGAAAAUGGCUUCAGUAAAUUAGGAUGAAAAAUGAAAAUAUAAAAUAAGAAAAUCUCGGGGAGUUUAAAAAAAAUGCCUCAAUUUGGCAAUCUACCUCCUCUCCCCACCCCAUACUAAAAGAAGAAAAAAAGGUUUUCUAAUGAAAAUCUUUAAAAAUACUGUCAGUAUUUUAAAAUUUUCAACAGUAUUAUAAAAUCAUUGCAUCUCCCCACCUCUAAUAUGCAUAUAUAUUUUUCCUGCUAAAAUUGGUUUCUACAAUUGAGUAAAUGGCAAAUAUAUGAAGCAAUGUCCCUAAAUUUUAUAAAGAAAUUAUAUUUAAUGCACAUUUCAAUUUUCAUUUUUAUUUUUGACCUUUUAUAAAAUAUUUUCAUGUUGCUAUAAGUAAAUGAUGAUGCCACCCCAUGUUGACUAUGGUUUUUCUAGAAAGCAACUAUGCUGCUAACCAUAGAGGAACAUAGAAGGGUUCCAGAAUCUUUAGUGCUGGUUUUAACAACCGAUGCAACAUUAAAAAUGUGUUAGUGUGCUGUGCAAUUGGUUUUCAAUUCAUAUUAAUCUUAAUGACAGAGAACAAUGUGUUACUAAUUAUUUUGGUUGUAUGCCAUUAGUAAAUUGAUAGAAAAAUUAAGGGGAUUAACAUAACUUCAUUUCAUUGCCUUAUAUUAACAUCUUAUAAUACAAUAGUUUAAGACUAAGGGAAACAGAUGGAGCUGUUUAUUGAGACAACUGGUGAGGAAUUAUCAUGUGUUCAUUCCCAUUUUAGAGCAUGAAACUCCUACAUUAGAAUAUAUAAAGUCACUUUAAAUAUUAUCUAUAUUUGUAACAGAAGUAGUGUACAGAUAUUUUAUUACAGCAUUUUUGUGUAAAUGCAGAAUUAAAGUGAAUAAAUAAGAAUUUUCAGUGGUGCACAAA